AUGUUUGUAGGGCGUACCGAGAAGCCGAGCUGCAGUACACGCAAGGAGGAGAACGAGGUCUAUUCAUACAUUUGCAACGUGAUUUCAGAGAAUAUUUCAAUCAUGGCUGAAGAGGGUUAUGUUGUUCGCAUCAGGGGUCUCCCGUGGUCCUGCUCAGCUGAUGAACUAUUGCGGUUUUUCUCUGAUUGCAAAAUUCUCAACAACGCUGGUGGAAUCCACUUCACUUACACAAGAGAGGGUCGACCCAGUGGUGAAGCAUUUAUCGAAUUGGAAACUGAAGAUGACAUGAAAGUUUCUAUGAAGAAAGACAGAGAAACAAUGGGCCAUCGAUAUGUGGAAGUGUUCAAGUCCAACAAUGUUGAGAUGGAUUGGGUUUUGAAACAUACUGGUCCAAAUUGUCCGGAGACUGGGGGUGACGGACUUGUCAGACUUCGAGGCCUCCCGUUUGGUUGUAGCAAAGAGGAAAUUGUACAGUUUUUCGCAGGGUUGGAAAUCGUGCCAAAUGGGAUAACAUUGCCGGUGGACAUCCAGGGGAGGAGUACGGGGGAGGCCUUCGUGCAGUUUGCUUCACAGGAUAUAGCUGAAAAGGCUCUAAAGAAACACAAGGAAAGAAUAGGGCACAGGUACAUAGAGAUCUUCAAGAGCAGCCGCGCUGAGGUGCGGACACAUUAUGAACCACAGAGGAAGCCAAUGGGCAUGCAGAGACCAGGCCCAUACGAUCGACCCUCUGGGGGCCGCGGGUAUAACAUGAUGGGCCGUGGGGGGUCCUAUGACAGAAUGCGCCGCGGCGGCUACGGUGGAGGUGUCUCCGAUGGACGGUAUGGAGAUGGUGGAUCGUCUUUUCAGAGUACAACCGGUCACUGCGUUCACAUGAGGGGUCUUCCGUAUAGAGCCACAGAAAACGAUAUCUACAACUUUUUCUCACCAUUGAAUCCAGUUAGGGUUCAUAUUGAAAUUGGUCCAGAUGGGAGGGUAACAGGAGAAGCAGAUGUCGAGUUUGCCACUCAUGAAGAUGCCGUGGCAGCAAUGUCCAAAGACAAAGCAAACAUGCAGCAUCGCUAUGUCGAACUAUUCCUAAACUCGACAGCAGGUGGCAGUAAUGGGACAUACGGUGGUCAGAUGAUGGGUGGCAUGGGAAGUCAGUCGUACAGUGGAGGCCAGAUGAGUUCAGGAUAUUCUGGCGGAUAUAACAACCAAGGAAAUAUGGGUGGCUACAAUGAUUACAGUAACCAGGGCGGAAUGGGAAACAGUUACUAUGGCGGCGGCGGAGGAGGAAGCCGGGGGUCCAUGAAUGGAAUGGGAGGGGGAUGGGGAAUGUAA